AUGGCUUGGCUCGUGGCUCCCGUGUUAGUCGCCAUGGCCGCGCUCCCGCGGGUAUCGGGGCACACUGGACCCAGCAAACUGUCCGCCAUUCAGCCACCAACGUUCGCGCUGGACCCAGAUAUUACCCUUGAAGUCGGUCCCACUCUCCUCUUCGAAAGCGGGCAGUGGGUCACGGUUUCAUGGAGCGGGAUCGAGUCUUGGAUGUUCCCGGAUGCCUUCGUGGCUGCGUUUUCUCCGGGGACUGCCCUGGAUUACCCCGCCACCGUAAAGGAAGUCGCUCCCAUAAAGUACCAGUUCUUGACAGCCGAGAAACCUUUCCCCGGGGUUGGUCAUGAGGCGGAAACGGGUGCCGUGGAGAGCCUGAGGUUUAGGCUUUUGAACUUGAGGGAUGCGGAAGGGUAUCGCUUCGGCCUGUUCAAGGGCGGGGUCGAGGAUCCGGUGCUUGUGGCCAGGACAACAGAAGCGGUCACGUUCGCUCAGCCGUUUGAGGUGCUACACUUACACCUAGCGUUGACCUCUGAUGUGGAUUCGAUGCGUGUCUCGUGGGUGACCGGGGAGGCAUCACAAGCACCGGCCGUCAUGUUCCGUGAGGUUGCCGUUGGGGCGCAGGAAGGGGUGACAGAAACACAGGUCGACCCUUGGCAGGAAGUUGCGGCGGAGUCUUCUAUCACAUACGGUCGCGAGGAUAUGUGUGGGGAACCGGCGACCUCGAAUGGCUUCCACAACCCCGGACUCUUGCACUCUGCCGUGUUGCCCGGCCUCAUCCCGGGGCAUCCCUACGAGUACAAAGCCGGGGACUCCGAUGCCCAAGAAUGGGGGUCUUCUUCAUUCUUCUACGCCCCGCCGGUUUCCUCGGGAACAACAGCCGCGCAUCAGCAACGCGCUGGUUCACCGGAACAACCCUCAUCGGCAGGUGCUGCUUUCUCCCCGCCGCUGGUAAACACGGUUACUGCUUCAGGUGAUGCUAGUACCGCAGACAUGAGUGGCAAGGGGUCGCGCCCAGAGAUGGCUGCGUUGGCGCCGUCUGAGCUGGAUAACGCGUCAGGAAUAGGAGCAGAAGGAAUAGCGUGGGAUCCCGACGCCGUCAAAGUUGCUGUUUUUGGAGACAUGGGCACGGCGGAACUCGACGGCACGCUCGACGCCGGACACACGAGCGAGCCGCCGUCUAUCCGAACAGUGGGCAUCCUCAAUGACCACCUGAGGGGAGGUGCGGGUGUUCGGGCCGUAGGCAGCAGUGGCGGCGGUGAUGGGGUUUCGACAGGUCCAACUGGUGGAGGGGAAGAACCGCAGCUCGGCUUGGUUCUGCACAUCGGGGACCUGAGCUAUGCAAGGGGGUACGAUGCCCAGUGGGACGAGUACAUGGACCAGAUCAAGCACGUCGCAUCGACUGUUCCUUGGAUGGUGGGUGUGGGGAAUCACGAGCGAGAUUACCCCACGACUUCCGAGUCACCCGUUCGCCAAGAGCUCUCAUUCUUCACCGGUACAGACUCUGGAGGGGACUGUGGUGUGCCGACAGCGUUCAGGUUCAUCAUGCCCGGGGCGGCGGAGGAGCCCACGGCGGAUUGUCCGUGGUACGGGUUUGAUUUCGGCCCGGUGCACUUCACCGUUAUGUCGACAGAGCACAACUUCUCGGUGGGCUCCAAGCAGUACGCGUUCAUCAAGGAAGACCUCGCCGGCGUAGACCGCGCCAAGACCCCAUGGAUCGUCUUCUCGGGACACCGGCCCAUGUACGUCAACAGCGGCGGCGCGGGGGCGGGAGAGUGCGAGGGUGCUGCGGCUUUGGAGCCAAACUGCGCUAACGACCAGCCGGUUGCGAGGUCGCUUCGUGCUGCCCUUGAGCCAUUGCUCAUCGAGUACCAGGUAGACCUUGCAGUCUAUGGACACCAUCACAGCUACCAGCGUACCUGCAGAGUCGCCAACGAGACUUGCGUGGGACCGUCUUCUCGGACCUACUCCAGUCAGUAUCAAGAGUAUCAAGAGCAUCAAGAUUACACCGCCCCCGUGCACGUUGUCAUGGGAAUGGCGGGCAUGGGUCUGUCUCAAAAUAUGGUCAGCCCGAGGCCGGAGUGGGUGGAGUACGCGACGGACCGGGAGUUUGGCCUGGGGAUGAUCGUUGCUGAUUCCUCCAAGCUGCAGCUGUCGUUCAUCCUCGACGCUGAUGGGCAGGUUGGAGACGAGGUGGUACUGGUACGACUGCCGCCACCUUCGACAUCUGCUGUGGAGGAGGAUGGAAUUCCUGUCGAAGGGGCGGAAUUGUCUCGAGGAUACGCAUAUGAGAAACGAAAUCAUGCCCGCAAAAGAGAGAUCUCGAAAGCCAUUGGAGAGGGCAACACGAGGCGUUCGAAAAGGGUUACAGGUUGAACUUCACGAGUAUUCGACGCGAGUGUUUGCUGCUUGCUGUAUACAAUUGUCCAUACAAUGAUGUUUUGUUUACGUUGAAAUGUUUUCCCCCUGGGUGUUUGUGGUAUUUUAGUCGUCACACUAUUCGUGGCCGUGUGCUUGCUUACUGUGAUUUUUUGUUGUCGCGGGCAGGAGUUUUAGUGAGAUCAGGGUUCCACUGGUAAGUGGAGGGAACUUUUUGUUGCUUUUUGGAGCCAGCUUUAGUCAGUCGCACCAGGUCAAGUUUCUACAGCUUGCGCACGCUCAACUCGAGUGACUCUUUCAUUGGAUGGCCCGUUGUUUUCAUUUGUGUAGACUGUAGUGUUGCUGGUUUCACAUUAAGAACAGUUUGGGUGUGCAGUUGACCGUCCAGCAUACGUGCCGGCCCAAAUGCGCGUUCUGCGAUCAAGUGAAUUACUUUUUUGUUUUUUGUUUUGGGGACGCAAUAUCCGCCGGAUACUGUAGAGCUCCAAUCCGUGAUC